CAGCCUGUAAUUCCGCCCUGUCAUCACUACGAUUAUUCCUUGUCCUUAGCCAACGUUCCUUUCUCUCUCCACAAUAACGAUCACAACCCUAAAGCAUCUCAAUUUCUUCAAUUUUCAAAUUUCAAAUCCAUAGUUUCAAAACUUAACAAAAAUUGGUUGAGAUUGUUAAGAAAGAUUGUUCAUUUAUUUUGGCUGCUGGGCAAUUGUAACUGUGAUUUGCCGGUGAGGAAUUUCUUUUUCCUCGGCGGUAAAUGAAUUAGAAAUAAAACGAAAGGAAAGAGGAACGAGAUUAAGGUAAAGUGGCAAACAUGGAGUUACAGAUGAACCCUCAAAUGGAGCAGAUCCACGGUGAAAUUCGGGAUACUAUGCGUGCCCUUGCAAAUGGCUUUCAAAAGCUGGAUAAGAUUAAAGACUCCAGUAGACAAAAUAAGCAGCUGGAGGAGCUCACUGCGAAGAUGAGGGAGUGUAAAAGGCUGAUUAAAGAAUUUGAUCGUGAAAUUAAAGAUGACGAAAGCAGAAAUCCUCCAGAGGUUACCAAGGAACUGAAUGACGUGAAGCAAAACAUGAUCAAAGAGUUAAACUCUUAUGUGGCUUUGAGGAAAACGUACACGAGCACUCUCGGAAAUAAAAGGGUCGAACUCUUUGAUAUGGGAGCUGGUGCCAGCGAGCCUACAGCAGAUGAGAAUGUUCAAAUGGCAUCAGAAAUGUCAAAUCAGGAGCUUAUCAAUGCUGGAACAAAGACAAUGGACGAAACUGACCAGGCCAUUGAACGCUCCAAACAGGUUGUCCACCAAACAAUUGAAGUGGGAACUGAAACUGCUACUACCUUGAAGGGCCAAACUGAGCAAAUGGGCCGUAUUGUUAAUGAACUGGACACAAUCCAGUUCUCCAUAAAAAAGGCUUCACAGCUUGUUAAGGAGAUUGGCAGACAGGUGGCUACGGAUAAGUGCAUCAUGCUUUUUCUUUUUCUGAUUGUAUGUGGAGUAAUAGCCAUAACUGUCGUGAAGAUUGUGAACCCCAACAACAAAAAUAUACGAGAUAUUCCAGGACUGGCUCCUCCAGCACCUACCACAAGGAGAUUGUUGUAUGUGAAGCCAGGGCAGCAUUUUUAUUAACUUUCUCCUCUCGGAUAGCAGAGAGUUACUGUGCCAUUCAAUUUCAUUAUGAGGCUGCACUAAACAAGAUAUAGCAAUGCUGCUAUUUGUGACAUCUGUUCAGGUUUUAUGCUAAUCAAUUCUUGCUUGAGAUGUGCAUAUUUGUGUUUUCUUUAUGUAAAUCAUUUCGAGUUUGUUUUUACCUUCAGGUUUUAUUUUUUAUUUCGUUUUUUUCAUAUGAAUGCGAUUUUUUCCCCCUGUAAACCUGAGCGGUGCUAGAACACUAUUUUAGAUUGGACGAGAUCUUUGGAGCUGUGUAUGUAGCAAACUUAACGGGAUUUCAAUACAAUUUGUAGUUCUCGAUUGCAAUA